CUGACCAUGCGGCCCAUCCUCUUCCCCCAUCUGCUUUUUUUUUUUUUUUUGCAGCAGAACAUCUUCUCCCAGGCAGGAUGUUGCUCCUGUAAAGUACCAGUAACCACCCAUGUCCCCUGGCGAGGUGCUGGGCGCGGGAGGGGGUGAUGGGCACCUGCCUGCGAGCAGCGGGCAAGGGCGCACCCUCCCUGGGACAUUCCCAGCCUCGGCACGGCUCUCGAAGGCUCCUCUGCACGUGUCUUUAAUGACCAAACGAUGCCUCAAACCCUCCUGAGAAGAGCCUGAUGCUGGCUCUCAUCCGCCCACAUCUUGCCCGGGGUCCCCUCCCCGUCCCACCACGGUCGGAGCUGCCGCUGCUGAGAGGCACUUGCUUUCCCUGCCAAGGCUCUCGCUUCGGGGUGGCUGAAGCUCGGAGGAUUUGCAUGCUUUGGCUUAACCCUCCCGAGCACGGCGAAGCAGCGGCGGGACCCCGGCUGGAGUCGUGGCAGGGAUGCACCCGACUUUUCCUGCCAAGCCGGACGCGCUUUUCUCUUAGCGUGGAAAAACCAACAACCAGCUGGAAAACGCUCCUGGCCACACCCCAGCGUCGGAGCAACAGGCUUGAAUUCGCUCCCCCCCCCACCUCCCCGGGGCUCCAGACACGCCGGCAGCAGGGCGGACGCUGCUCCGCAAGCGUUAAUGCCCACGUCGUCCGUCCGCUCGGGGCGGCUUAUCUCGGCCCGGCGCACAGGUUAGCGGGGCGGCGUUAGCAUGGCCAGGAGCUGGUGGGCGAAGGCGCAGGCGGGGGGGAUGCUGCUGGCCCUCCUCGGCUGGGUCUCCUCCUGCGUCACCACCUUCGUGCCGCUCUGGAAGAGCCUGAACCUGGACCUGAACGAGCUGGAGGUCUGGACCAUGGGACUCUGGCAGGUCUGCAUCGCCCGGGAGGAGGGAGCGGUCGAGUGCCAAGCCCACGGCUCCUUCCUGGCGCUGCCCCCCGACCUGCGCAUCUCCCGCCUCCUGAUGUGCCUCUCCAACGGGCUGGGGCUGCUGGGCUGCCUCCUCGCCGCCCCGGGGCUGGAGGGCUGGACAGCCUGCCAGGACAGACCCGGGCUAAAGCGGCGGCUCCUGCUUGCCGGGGGAGCGGCGUUCGGCGCGGCGGGGAUAGCCACGCUGGCGCCGGUCUCCUGGGUCGCCUACAACACCGUCCUCGACUUCUGGGAUGACACCGUCCCCGACAUCGUGCCCCGGUGGGAAUUCGGGGAGGCCACCUUCCUGGGGUGGUUUGCCGGAGCCUUCCUCACCACCGGCGGGCUGCUCCUCGCUUGCAGCACCCGCUCCACCGGCACCGCAACGCUGGCAGCCCCCACCUGCUGCCAGCCCCCUGCCGCACAGGGUCCGGCCAGGGGCCACCACCCGAACCCCAAAAACGCGGACCUGGUCAUCUAAGGACUCGGAGCAGGCGCCACGCCCUGCGCGCCUCCCGGCUCUUCCCAUUGCCGAGAUGGCUCCUGCACGACCGACGGGAUGAUUCGCUACUUCUCAUGGCAGCCCUCCAGAUUAUUUUUUCCCUUUCUUUUUCCUUUCCUCCGCGUGUCUGCUUUGCUUUUUCUUUUUUAAGGAGCAACAGCUUUCCCCGCAGCACUCGCCGAGCGAGCGUGGGAAGGCGGCGAGGCAGAGCAGCGGGCAGCACUUUGUAGUCCCGGGAGCAUUUGCGGCAGAGUUACUUGUUGCCGCCACCGCAGCAUCCUCUGCGAAAUCCCCCGUAGCCAAAUCUGUCGCGGUUAACAGCUACGCCCCGGCGUAGCAGCUCGUUCCUUGCGUGUCCGCGUCCCUCUGAUGUACCCGCAAUAAAUUAUUGCCAUCGGCGGCAAGCGCGUUUCUGUGCUCUGAACAUACAGCGGCGUCUUGCCGGAGGCGCAGCAUGGGUUGGGGGCGAAGGGUGGGAGAUGCGAGGGGCAAGGCUGCUGCUCCAGCCGUGCUUCGGUCUGUCCGUAAAAGAUUGGGGGCGGAAAAAACAGAAAAAGAAAAAAAAAAAAAGAGAGAGAAAGGUGGAAAAGAAGGGAGAGAGGGGAAAAGCAGAGGCGAGGCGGUACCACAGACCGCUCCUGCUGCAGAGGCAGGACGCCAGCGGCAGCGUCCCCGGCGGUAGCCUCAUCUUCUCACGCCUACAGCAAUAAAGCCGCGAAUGUGCCGCAGACCUUCGUGUAGCAAGUUCCUCAACCGCAUCGUUUACCUGCGCACGAGAGGCAAGAGCGGUGUUUUGGGGGUCUCCUUAACCGUUUCUUCCACGUUUCCCCAAUUCGGCUGCGAAAAGAAAACCCGCUCGCGCGCCUCCGUGUGACCAGCAGCACGGGACGUC